CAGAAAUGGCAAGACGCUAUUGCAAGAGACAUGGAAAAGUAUUGCGGUGAUUCAUCGUGGGCAGAAGACGCCGACAGAUACUGUUCUAUCGACGAUGACAUAUCAUCCAAACGACGAAGUCGUGUCCAAACAUUCCAACCGAGAGAACGACGGCCUGCGCCUCUUCAGGGGACUAGAUGCCCUCAUUCUUGUUCAUUUUCCCCUCCUGAUCUACGGCAAAAGCCACUGCCUCCCCCUCCUGAUACAUCGCAAAAGCCAUUGCCUUCCCCUUCUGAUAUAUCGCAAAAGCCAUUGCCUCCCCCUCCAGAACAGGAGAAACCAAAAUUUGCAAGAAGACCUACUUCUGAUCCGAAGCCUGCAACACUGCCUCUCCCACCUGUGCCGCCUAGACAAUCAAGCCCAGCAACAAGGGGGAGAUUUCCAGGACUUUCAUCAGAUUCACCAGGUCUAACAACUCAGAGACAUGAGGGCGUAAUUAAUCAACUUCAGAAAGCCGUGGUAAAUCCUACAGGUAAAAGAGGCUCAGCGUCCGCUUUACCAUCCCCUCCUAAAGCUGGCCCAGCAGCUCUUCUCAAACCAAUGAAGCUCGGAAGAGGUGACCCUGAUGGACAAAGCUUUAAAGUCAAACACAAGGAGGGAGUCUUUCCAACUUCAGCAUUGCUACGUGACGUAGACAAGCCGGAGGCCAGUUCCCUUCUUAAGAACAAACAUGGCGUUUAUAUUCUGCGUAAAAGCCAAACUACACGGUCAAAGAUGGCGUUGUCGGUGUGUACUGGUGACCAAAUUCGUCAUUAUGUGAUAUUCCAUGAUCAGAAUCAAGGGUACGCUCUGCAACCUGAAGGGCCAAGAUUUGAUAAACUAGAGGAAAUGAUAGAGCAUUACCACGACUUCAAUCUGCCUAAGUGUGACGCAAAACUCACGAGACCUCACCGAUCAUGAUCAGUGCAGACGACGUGACUGGAGAAGAUUUUUAAAUUGACAAAAAAAAAAGGAAAAAAAAGCCUAUAAGUAAAUCGAGUGCUUGUUUGGAUUGCAAGCAAUGACAAUUCUUGUUUAUGCUCUUCUCUUGUACAAAGGAAAACUGAAGGCGCAGUGCAGCCUUCGAAAUAUUUACUUUAUAGCUAUAACUCACUUUCUUAUCCAGGUCUUUCAUAAUUAUGGACCUACUCCUCUGUCCACGGAAUGGACGACUAAUUAAGUUGACUACUAAAGAGGAGCAUGCAGAAAGCCCGUACGCGUGUAGGUUUAGAUUUUUAAGAAAUAUGACAUAACUGCACAGAAAUAUUAAUCCAACUCAAGAAAUUUAAUUAUCAAGUUUACAAUUAAUUAUGUUUACAUAAUUAUGGACCUGCUCCUCUGUCCACGGAGUGGACAGACGACCAAUUAAGUAGACUACAAUAGAGGAGCAUUCAGAAAGCCCGUACGAGUGUAGGUUUAGAUUUUUUAGAAAUAUGAUAUAAGUGUACAGCAAUAUUAAUCCAACUCAAGAAAUGUUCAUUAUCAAGUUUACAGUUCCUAUGUUGUGCGUUCGUUGAGGAACCCUUAUCCAGGGCACUCUGUGCACAUAUGGGAGUGUCCGCUCGAAGGGCGUUCCCCAAACGAAGUUCGCAUUAUGGGGGCAGUGUUAGGAGCACCAGCCCUCCACUGCUGUUUUUCGAGUUUGUUUCCUUGGACUUGGCGGCAUCAUGCACAUCAGAAUGGACCACAGCGUAAAUUAAUUCUCUACUCAAUUUCUUCAUGUGUUUCUUUUCUCCAUCACACAAU